AUGGGAGCUGGUGUUAUAAUACAUGAAUACGCUAUACUAACAUAUCACGGUAUUGGGAUCAUGCAUAAGCAGUGGCCGGAAGGAGAUCAAGUUCUUGGUUUCGUUCUUUACGAUACAGAAUUCUGUGAAUUUGGUAGCAGAGUAAAAGAAGUGACUUGGUUCACUGGAAUUUCUUUACAAAGUAAGCACAUUAUUAAAGUGUUGAAAUCAUAUCCGCAAUUGGCCAUAAUUAAGUCGCUGGAACCAUUGCGCUCUUCUUCGGUCAUGCCGUUGCCUCAAACACACCCUAACAUAAAGGCUAGAUGUGUCGUGAUUGGUUGGGGACAAUUAUUAACGGACAAACUGCAAGAGAUCGAAGUGGAAGUAUGGUCUUAUCACAAAUGUCAAGCAAAUAUUACAACACUGUUUAAUAAAGCUCUCUGCGUUUAUAUGUAUGAGCCCUGUCUACUAUUAAAUGGUGGCGAGCCAUUAAUAUGUGAUGGCACACUAACUGGUAUAGUGAGUUCCGAAUUUCCCCGUUGCGAAAAUUCUUCAUUGCGCAUAUGCGCCGAUGUCUUUAAAUUUCGUGAAUGGAUUAACGAAAAUCUGCGACUAUUAGGAAUUUCUAAAUCAACUCUGCAAAAACGGGAAGAGAGCUAA